GGAGCCAGUCGUCGGCGGGAACUCCAUCUGGUCAGACGCAUCUCCUCUCGCUGCUCUCCGUCGCCUCACGCGCCGCCAGUCGAAAGCCAGUAAAAAUGCCAGACUUCACACUGAUCUACUUCAACGCCCGCGGGUCCGCCGAGCCCAUCAGGUGGAUGUUCACCUACGCCGACAUCCCCUUCAAUGACGAGCGAAUCGAGAAGGAGGACUGGUCGGACCGCAAGAGCUCGAUCCCCGGCGGAAAGUUGCCUGUGCUGAUGGUGGACGAGAAGCCUCUGCCGCAGUCGCAGGCCAUCGCCCGCUUCAUCGCCAAGGAAGCAGGACUUAUGCCCGAGGACAACCUUGAUGCUGCCUACUGUGACGCCCUGGUUGAUACUGUCCGGGACGUGAUGGAGAAAGUGUAUAGCAAGAUAAUGAGCGAGGAGGAUGAGGACGAGAGGAAGAGGUGGUUCAUGGAGGAUUUUUUCCCCUACCACAUGGCACCUGUGCUGGCCCGCCUCAACGCCCGUCUGAGCGGCAGGGAGUGGUUUGUCGGAGAUCAGGUCACUUGGGCCGACUUUAUGAUCGCGCACGCCUUCGGAGAGAUUCACUGCCACCACCCUGAGGCUUUCGAGGAGUACUCUGCCGUGACGGAACAUAUCGAAAAAGUCCGAGAACUCCCGGCCAUAAAGGACUGGAUUGAGAACCGACCUGAAACAACUCACUAACUGCCCGGGAGGUAAUCGAGAAAUUUUAUUCGGGAGACAGUCGAGGAAUUUUACCCGUCUUUGGCAACCUUUCGUUCCAGUCCUGCCCUUUGGGUUAAUCUCUGUACCAGGACAGAAGGGCGGAAAGUAAGGAAGAUACGCUUGCACUUCGAAUGCCCAAUACUGAGAUCCUCGACCGUAACGCACCUGUACUGGCACGCCGCUUUCCCUGUUUCUACAAUGUGGUCUCAUUUCCUUGAAUUCAAUCGCCUGACCUCACCGGAUGUCGAAGAUGCCGAACACUAUGCCUCAUUUUUUUAGCAUUUUUUAAAGCAGUUCCACAGACAGAGCAAGAAAAAGAAAGCUUUCUCAAGCAAUCCCACUUUGCUAAUACAACUUGAAAUAACGGCUGACCUUUUCAAGACUAAGUAUGUCUUUGCUACCAAUGGAAUUAUAAUAUUCUUAUGCUGAAUAGACUGAGCCGUUUAGUGAGCAGAAACAACUCUGCAGUGUAAAUUACCCCAGAGUAUAAUUCUUGAAAUGUCACUGAGAUCAUUAAAUACAUUCAUAAGAGCGUAAAACUAACUUUUCUUUGCAGAAAAAUUAACACUUCAGAUAUCUGAUUUGGUCGAUUUAAUGGCUGCACAAAAUAAAUGUAAACAAUUCGG